AUGGAUUUGCCCCCAGUCCAACAACCACAACCACAACAACAACAGCCUCAACCUCCAGUCUCUCCUACAGCCACCAGACAACCCGGAUCAUCUACACCAAAACCAAAAAGGGCUACAAAGUCUGAUGCAGCCCCUUCCACUAAGAAGACUAGAACCUCUGUUGCUACACAAGUUCUGAAGUCAAACUCUGAUGUGCCAACAAACUCUGACAGAGUUCCUCCUGCCAGUCCUAAAUCAAAGACAGCUAGAUUUAAAAGAAGGGCAAACAAGCCUAAGAGGGCAAAGGUGCCCAUUACUGAGAUCACAGAUUUUACUGUUGAGGAAGAGCAAGCACCAUCCACUUCACUUACUGAUAUAUCUCAAGCUCUGAUGGUGCAUCCCCUUCAAGCUGUUCCAAUCUCUGCUGCUGCAGCAUCCUCUACUUCAUCUGAAGUAGAUGAGGAAAUAAUAUGCAAGGAACAAGCUACAGCUGAAGCUGAGACAACAGUGUCUGAUUCUUAA